AUGAAUCAUGAUAGAUCAAGUACCAUAACUCAUGUGAGACCAGGAGUUGACAAGUGGUGGCUGAUAGUCAUCUACUGCCUGAUAGUGGCGUUACUUGCUGCGCUUUGCUUAAUCUAUUCUUUCAAGCCGCAAUCUGCGUUCAACCUCGCAUCUGAAAGACAAUAUGGACUAAGAACGCUACGUGAGAUGCCCUGCUCCGAAACUCACAGUUCUGCGCCUUUGGGCAUUGUAUUUGGCAUCAAUUUGGCUGCUAGCAUUGUGAUCGCCGCUUCAGAUCACGCUAAAAUUGGACUUCUUGCACCGACUCCAGAGCAAUAUGAAGCUGAUUUUACAGAUCUUGGACUUCACACUUUACGAAACUUUCUUGGUGCAACCCUUGGAAGAAAGACACUGUUUGUGUCGCUAAUUUUCUCUUCGUUGCCAAUACAUUAUCUAUCUAAUAGCAUAAUUUUCAUUAUGAAUUCUGGGUACAAAUUUUACGAGGUUGUCGCUUCUACCUCUUUUCUGAAUGGUAUUAAUCGUGAAACCAAAUGGCCUGAAGGCUAUGGCGGCAUUGAGCAACUCGAAAACUUGCUUCGCAGUGUACAAAGUGACCCUACAAUACUUGUAAAUCUUUCUCGAACAGAUUGCACAUCCGAGUACAAUAACGUGAUGUACUCGAAUUACCGCACAUUAAUCCUGAUAUCAGACUACCAUUUACCGAACAACAAUAACUCUGUACUUGCGAUCGGUGUUCUUCCUGGUUAUCGUUGGAAGUCGAUUGCCUCUUCGCUCUUGGCUCUCUGCCCAGACGCUUACCUUGAGAUUUUCAAAGGUGCAUCAAGACCAGAUAUCGCCUUUAUCGAAAAUGAUAGGCCUCGUCCCAUGCCAGUCGCAUGUAUUGACCAAGCUGAAGUGGUACAGAUAUCCGUGAAUGAGAGUUCUGUAUCUGCGCUUCGGUCUCGACAGCUUGGAGCUGACACAGCUAUCUAUCCAACAGAUUAUUACAACCCAUUGGCUCAGAUAGAGCUCUGCUAUCAAUAUUGGCCAGAGAAAGACUACACGUUCGAAAACCGCACAUUCCGCGGACUACUGUACACACGACCAAGCGUUCCGUUCUCGUACUGUUCAGCCGAGCGCUUGCCAUCAAAGCCUACUUGUCGUCUGGUAUAUAGCCCCAUGACAACCUUUAUCUUCGGUAUCAUUCUUGUGAUUAAACUCGCUUUGAUUUCAAUAGCUGCCUAUUUCCGGAUUUUUCAUCUAGCGCUCUAUAGAUACCGAGAUGUCAGAGAUCAUUAUCAUUUAUAUGGCGAGAAAGACGACCAAUUUUACCAUCGCCGGUUGGGCAAAGUAUACAGUUGGUACCAGGGGGUAUACUCAACACCAGGUAUAGACUUUGCUGCCCAAUUAAUCAUUUACCUAAUAGUUUUCAUCUGGAUCUGGAUUCUGUGGGCAGCAUCUAAAGGGCGUAUUAUGAGUUCUGGCUUCAGUCCCUCUGCCAAAACAGAUACUACCUGGUUUUUCAAAAGCGUACUUUUCUACAAAAGCUUACAUAUAAUUCUCAGCAUUCUUGCCUUCUUUCAAGAGAACAUGAUAGAUUGGCGCGUAAGCACCCUUGAGAGAGCCGAAGCAUAUAAUCCGCCACCAUCGCCAGAAACAUUCUAUCAUGGACUUUGGCGAAAAUUGAAGACCUUCGCGCUUGACUUUCCUACAUGGCUGAUGAUCUUCAUGCCAUUACGUACGACACUUAUCCACAUGUUCGUCGGCUGGAUGUUUCCCUUUCGAUUCGUUGAUAUCGCAGAAUUGGGCCAAGAUGUCGGCACACUGGUCGGUUCAGUACCAACUGCGUAUUGGAGUCUGGGCCCGUGGGAUAUCUUUAAUCAGACGAGUAAUUCGGGUCUGUUUGUUGCAUAUGAUGCGAUACAGCUCACGAUUUUUGUUGUCGGGCCAUUCUUUUUGCUUGAGGGUGUAUUCUUUGGUGUGGUAAAACUAAGGGAUUGUUUUAAAUUGAUAUGA